CCAGUUAGAAGCCGGAACGGAUCGCACGCGGAACGGUAGCAGCCAGAUAUUCAGUGCUCUAGUGCCCAGUGCCAAGUGUCAGUGUCAUCAGAUCCCAGCCAGAAGCAGAGACAAUUGAAAGCCAAGUGCUCUAUCCCCCAGUGAAUUAUAUCGGAAAAUGUCGCUAAUACCGUUCAUACUCGAUCUGGCCGAGGAGCUGCAUGACAUCAAUUUCAAUCGCAGCGCCAGCCUCGGCCUAGGCUUGGGCAUGGACAUUGACGACGUGGGCUUCGGUAUGUAUCCGCUGGAGCAGCUGGCCGCUGCGACGGCUGCCACACAGCCGCCUCAGCUAUCGCACUCGCAUCCGCAGCUGUCGCCCUCAAACAGCACGCGUCGUGGCACACGUCUCGCCCACUCGCAUAGCCACGCCCACUCCCCUACAUCCACUGGUGGGGUGUUGUGGGUGCCUAUCAAGGGUGGGGGGCAGGUACAGGGCCAGCAUCGCCAUCAUCCCUACAAUCGUGUGGCAGGCGCCAAGACCGUCUGCUGCAAUAAGUCCCUGCUAGAGCUGGAGAAGGAGCUGGGCGACAAGGUCAACUCCUCAUUGGCAACUCCUUCGAGCAGCUCAUCGGCAAAUGCCAGCAAAUCGGCAUCUGCCUAUUCUGUGGUCAAUCGUAACGGCUUCCAGGUUAGCAUGAAUGUCAAGCAGUUCGCCCCGGACGAGCUCACUGUAAAGACCAUCGACAAUUGCAUCGUGGUCGAGGGGCAGCACGACGAGAAGGAGGAUGGCCACGGCGUCAUCUCACGUCAUUUCAUUCGCAAAUACAUGUUGCCGAAGGGCUUCGAUCCGGCCGAUGUCCACUCGACGCUGUCUUCGGACGGCAUUCUAACUGUAAAGGCGCCACCACCGCCACCGCCUCCCGCCUGCAAAGCGGGCGAGGAGCGACCCAUUGAGCGCAUCGUCGACAUUCAGCAGCAGCCGCAGCAGCAGUCGGCUGCAGUACCGUUACCCGUGCUGGCGCAGACGAAGGAUGCGCAGUUGCCAAUUGGAAAAAGUGCAGCCAACGAAGUGGAGCAGCCAACCCUAAAAACAGCUGCAGUAGUAGCAGCAGCAGUCGCUUCCAGCGGUGAGCAAAAUAGCGCUGAAGAGCACAAUGGCAACGGAGAGGCAAACGUCGACGUUGACGCUGACGGCGACGUCAACGCCAACACAAACGCAGCUAAAACUGCUGAUGAGACUGCAAAUGCAAAAACAAAAGAAAAAGAGAAAGAGACUGAGCCCGUUAUCCAAACUUCCACUUCCAAUUCCAAUUCAAUUUCCACUUCCAGUUCCAAUGGCAACAAUGGCGAACCGCAGCCAACUCCAGAGUCAAAGUCAAUGGAAGUGGAUGAUACUGCUGAAAAUGACAAUGUGGCUGCCACUACUGCUUCCUCAGUUGCAGUCGCUGCUGCUGGCGAAAAGGAGGACUCCACCGAUGCCAACGCCGUUAGUAGCAGUGGCACAGCCUCGGCAGACGCCGAUGGCACGAAAACCGAAGAUGCUAAUGCAAAUGGCAAUUCGUUAAGCUCUGAUUCGAAUUCGAAAGCCGAAAAGGCUGCCGCCGAAGAUGCAGAGGACGACAUCAUGCCGGCAGCCAAGAAAGCCAAAAUUGAAGCCGAGGGGCAGCUCGUGGAGCAAGAGAAAGUUGAAAAGGCCACUAAGGGCGCGGAGGAGAUCGCUGCCGAAGACGCGGCUAUUCUACUAGCCAAGAAACAGACAAGCGAGAACGGCGCAGUCGCCGGCAAGGCAGAGGAGCCAACCCUGGCAGCGGCUAAGUGAAUGUAGAGACUGAUAAUUGAUGCGCAACCCAGAACUAAAAGAACUAAAAAGAAAAACAAAAUAAUAAUAAUGAUAAACAAAUAUCGAAUCGGAAUGCGUUUUAAUCUAUAAAUGUUUUAUGUGUUUUUCAAUAAUUCGCAAUAAAUACAUGAUAGGGCCUGCAGGAAGACGAAAGAAAUGAGAAACUAUGAUAUGAAAUUAUGAUUUCCUAAACAAGUGUGAAACAAUUACGACUACAAGUAUUCAGUAAAGCUAAGCACAUUAUGUACUUAAAACUUACAAGUAAAUAAAGAUUC